GGACGAGACGGACGCAGUCGUGUGGAUCGAACCGUACGACGCGCGCGCGCUCACCGCAUACACAGGCGAACGGUACACACAUCGCGCACGCACGGCCUGGCGGAAAAACGCGAACGCUGUAACACGCGCGCCGCCGAGACCGCGACGUGCCUGUACACAAACACUAACACACACUAACGCGCGCGCGCCCGGUCUUCGCCGACGCGUAUAUCGGUUGAUCGCCUCCGAUCUGUCGGCGCCACCCGAUCCGCGAGGAUCUCCGCGAUCGCCGCACACGCGUAUAUUAUACACACCUAUCCCGUGUGUCGUGUAAACACCGCGCAAACGGUUUUUUUUAAUAAUUUUUCGUCGCAUUUUCGGGGGUUUAUUUUUGUUAAUUCGAGUUCGAACGGUCGCGCGUCGUCUACUACUACACCGUAAUAGUAUAUACCUACAAUAAUAUUAUUCCGUCGAAUUUUUUUUUUUCUUGAUUUAUCGUGCAUAUCUACCACCGUACUUCUCGUGGACAAUUUACACGCACGUGCAAACGUAAAUCAUAAUAACUGCAGUGCGAUAGUAUUAUUAUUGUAUUAUGAUCGGUUCGGCGACGGCGGUACAACAGGAUUAUUCGUAACCGCACACGGCAACAACGGCUGCACCGUCGUAUGCGCUGAGGCACAGACGCGCCCGGCCAACCCGACGGACCUUAAUCGCUAAAACCAGAAAAUGCCAGAAAAACAUUUCACUCAACUGGAAGCUGCUCCAAAAGUGUUGGGUCUUUACGGAGGAGGGACGUGGGGGUCCGUCAAGACGUUGCUUGGAGCUGGGGUGGGGGGGCUCGGGCCUUUCCCUUGCAGAGAAAACGAACCAUUCUGGAAGAUGCCUCACAAAGAUGAUUCAGACCACUGCAACAUGACGGCGGCGGCCGCGGCGAUGGUCCAGAGCUCGGCGGCUCUGUUCGGUUGUUCGGCGGCCGGUCAUAGUGGUAUCAACCAGCUAGGUGGAGUGUAUGUCAAUGGUCGUCCGUUGCCGGACUCGACGCGACAGAAAAUCGUCGAGCUUGCGCACUCGGGUGCCAGGCCGUGUGACAUAUCUCGUAUCCUGCAGGUCUCCAACGGAUGCGUGUCCAAAAUACUUGGCAGGUAUUACGAAACCGGUUCAAUCAAGCCGCGUGCCAUUGGCGGCUCUAAGCCGCGGGUUGCCACCAAUGGCGUAGUGAACAAGAUCGCCGACUACAAGCGUGAAUGUCCAUCCAUCUUCGCUUGGGAGAUCAGGGAUCGUUUGCUGUCCGAAGGAGUGUGUAGCAACGACAACAUACCGAGCGUGUCGUCCAUCAAUCGAGUGCUGAGGAACUUAGCUGCACAAAAGGAACACCAGGCCUCGUCGACGCACCAGCCGGGCGGCGGAAAUGGUCUGGGUGGUGGUGGAGGUAUCGGUGGUGGCGGCGGAACGGCAGAGUCUGUGUACGACAAGCUUCGCAUGUUCAACGGCCAAACGGGUUGGCCAUGGUACGCAGCACCACCGCCUCCACCACCGCCUUCGACUGGUGGGCCGCCCGUACACGGCGGCGCGCCGUCACCUCACCAUCCAGCACUGGUUGGCUCGGCUGGCCACCAUCCGGGAAACCCAGCGGCUGCCUCACUGGCCACGGCUACCACGGCAUCACUUACCGCCGUGUCCAGAGACGAUAUUCAGAGGAGAGCUGCUGAAUUGGCACCGGAGAGCACAUCCGAUGGCAACUCGGAGCACAAUUCGUCGGCGGAUGACGAUUCGCAACUAAGACUUAGACUGAAAAGGAAACUGCAAAGAAACAGGACUAGUUUCACCAACGACCAAAUAGACAGCUUAGAAAAAGAAUUUGAAAGAACACAUUAUCCGGACGUGUUCGCUAGAGAAAGGCUGGCGGAUAAUAUAUCUCUUCCGGAAGCAAGAAUUCAGGUGUGGUUUAGCAAUCGUCGAGCAAAAUGGCGGCGAGAAGAAAAAUUAAGAAACCAGCGUAGGGGUGGUGGUGGUGGAGGUGGUGGAGGUGGAGGCGGAGGACUCGACCAGCAAAACGGUACGCCAGCUGCUCUUUCUUCGUCAUCCGCGUCCGUAAGUCCACCGGCCGGCGCCACGUCGAACGCGGUCGGUGGAGGCGGUGGCGGUGGCGGAGGUGGCGGUGGCCACAACAACCGACUGGCGUCGAUCCAAGCGGCCGGUUUCAACCACAUGUACCAGUCCAUCUCGCAACCAAUCGCUACCAUGCCUACCGACAAUUACGGUUCUAUGUCGAGCAUGGUGUCCGGUGGCCAUCAUCACCAUCACCAUCAUCAUCCGGCCAGUUCGUAUCCAUACAUGUUCCAUCACCCGCCACCAGACUCGUUGUACAACCAUCCAGUGUCGUCAUCACCGCGCGUCCCUUGCCAGCCCGCUCCCGCGCACUCGGUCAACGCCAACACGCAUCCGGCGGCAUAUCCCACUUCUACGCAUCACGCGUCUAACACGUCACCCGGCGCUACAGGCACAGGCGUAAUAUCUGCAGGAGUAUCGGUACCGGUUCAAAUACCAUUGAGCCAAGCGCCGGAACACACAUAUUGGUCGAGAUUACAGUAAAUGGAUGAUGUUUAUCGCUGACAAGAUUUAAAUUAUGUACAUUACGACAAAUGUUCUGAGUGAUCUAAUUUUUAUUUUAAUAAACGUGAAAGAUUUUUAAAUGAUGUUUGUAUCGAUGUAGGUAUGUACGUACAUAUUAUACAAAUAUAUUAUAUAUUAUAUUGUAAGAUAUUAAAUUAUUACGUAAUAAUAAAUUGAUAUUGUAUAAAAAAUUGUUCAUUAUAAACUUAUAUUAUAACCGCAUUAAUACUAUACAGAACAAAUAUGAAUCUAUAAAUAUAUAAAUACAAAUUAUAUAUACAUAUACAUAGACUAGUAGAGAGAUAUUUAGUCGUCAAAUUUUAAUUUUGAUUCUAAUACAGUUUUCUUUUAUACUUUGUUUUAAGUUCUCGUGUUAGUCUUACUGUGUAAAAAAAUUGGAGUCUCGCAUAUCUCUAAUAAUAA